GUAAGUGCUCUUGCGUAUGUUCUUUGUUUGCGUUCAAGAUGACAUGGUUGUUACUUUUUCUCACCUUGGCUGCCAUUUCCACAGUGCCAGCAAGACCUACGGCAGAGCACAAUCUAUCGGUAAAUAUGGCUGUCUUUUCUAACGGCAAGGCUGUGAACAAUGGAGUGGUGAUGGUGAUGGAAGGCUCCAUGGUGACCAUCAUCUGCUCGGUGGCAUAUUCUAGCAAAAAAGCAUCAUAUCUGUUCAACAUUUUUCACUACCACAAGGGUCACAACAACAAAGUAGAACUCUUUGAUAUGAGUACCAAUUCAUCAGGCGUCUCAUACACUAUAUCCAGUAUUACAAUGGAUCAGUUUGGCACAUACGUGUGCCAUGUAUUUGCAUUAGACAAUCAGCUGCAUCAGGUCUAUCAGGUUGGUUAUGAAAGUCAAUACGUCAUGGUUUUAGCUGUUCCAACACUUAUUGCAUACAAUACAACAGCAAUUGAAGGAGAUCGUGCUGUUCUUCAUUGCUCUGGCAGAAAGUUUGACUCUAUUGUAUGGAAAUCUAGCAAACGUGAUGUAUACAACGAUUCACUAAUACGCUUUCAUGGAGAGAAAACUACCAAGAUGGUCAUUAAACGGACUUCUCGUGAUUACACUGGAAUUUACGAGUGCAGAGCGGUUACUAAAGGAAUAGAGACGAACAUUGUCGCUCAUGUAGUACUGGUUGUCUUUUAUCCACCAAGUAUUCUGGAGCAUCCUUCUAACCAGACUGUUGCUGUUGGUGAAUCAGUCCAGUUUGGAUGUGUUGUGAAUGGCCAUCCGACUCCUUUGAUUACAUGGAAACGAAACGGAAUUCUAUUAGAUGUCAUAAUGCGUCAGAGUCAGCUUGACAAGUACUACACCUACCAGUCAGAAGUGGGGUCGGUCUUUGUGCUGAAAGUAAAAACCGUAGAACGUGAAGAGGAGAAUGACUACUACACCUGCAAAGUGGAAAAUGAUUAUGGAAGUUUGGAAUCAAAGAAAGCUUAUUUGUCAAUGGCAGAUGAUACAGUCAAUGCAAUUCAAGGGAAAACAUCUAGUUUUGCGUCACAAUCGCCUGCCGUUAGUUCCGUUGCAGCAAGUGAAAAGAAUACUUCUUCAUCUACCGACGGUUUUGGUUCAGGGUCGGCGGUAAAUCUGGCACUAGGAGAUGAGGAUUUUAGUGUAAUUCAAACUAAUUUACAUCUUAAAUCAUCAGAGGCGCCAACUAAGUCCUCAAUCGCAGAAAGUCGUAAGCCAUAUGAUCAACUUAGCAAUGUUACAAGGGAAAAACUUCAUCGAUUACGCGGUCAACAAAUCUCCUGAGGACAGCAAUGGCAGGCAUCGUUUUACAACGGAAAACGACAUCGAAUACGAAUCUCCUGAGGACAGCAAUGGGACGCAUCAUUUUACAACGAAAAACCACAUCAAAUACGCCGUC